CCGGAAUUCUCUCUCAUUCUUUCUUGUCUUCUCUACUGGCUGUUGACUUCAUCAGUGUACUGCAUCCCUUCUCAAGUUUCUGCAUCAGAUGACGCCAUCAAAUGAUAAAAAAGAGGGGAAUUUCAUAUGGACAGAUGAUGACAUGAUAGCUUUUUGUGAAAUUUUGAUCGCCUUGUUUGAUGAAAAAGUAAAAGGACGUGCAAUUAAGUGGGUAUUAGUUCAUGAUAAGUUUGAGAAAAGAAUUAAGCCGAAAUGUCCAAUAAAAAGUAUGAAGAAUAAGUAUGAUUGGAUGAGGAGAGAUUGGCAGCUUUGGAAAUUCUUAAAAACAGGGGAAAUUGGGCUUGGGUGGGACCCUACUACGGGAAAGAUCAAAGCUUCAAUUAAAUGGUGGAAAAAGAAAAUUAUGGAGAAACCUGAAGUAAAAAAGUUUCAAAAUAAAGGAGUAGAUCCCGAGAUUUAUGGAAUAGGGUGUAUCAAGAUGGAUAUGCUACUGGUAGUAUUGCCAAACAGACCCAUAGUGUGAAAGUCAAAGCGGGGGUUUAAAAUUGGAUAGAACAUCAAAAAUACAUUCCUCAUCAAGUGAUCUAGAAGAGCAUAACACGAUUGCAUCAUCAUCAAAUUCAUCA